UUGGCGAAAAUAAAUCGAUAACGGUAUUAUCGCCAGAAUCGAUUAAUCCCGGUUGUCGCUAACCAACACACUACACAAAGGCAAAUCUAACCAGAGCGAUGAAUUCUUACGACUGCCGAGAUCGCAAUGUUGUGCAAACGUCGGGCGAGGAAAAACCAACGUUUGGUAACCCUGGCAAGUUGAUAAUUUUUCGAUUUUCCAUUGGUAGCUCUGACGUCGGCCAUCAUGAUGCAAACAUCACAAAAGUUAGGUUAAUUAUAACCUGUAAUUUAAAAAAAAAUCGCUUCUUAAAAUGUGCAGCAACCACAAUGGCUCAAACGAAGCAGAAAAUCUUCCGGUUUACCUUCACCCACUUCUUUGCCAUGUUACUGACUGUGAUGUUUAUAGUAACGGUUGUUUUAACAUUUAAACUACUAACAAACGAUCAUUGCAACUGCCCUCGUCAAGAAACCGUUAUUCAGUACGUAGCAAAGCCCAAGCAUUAUACAAACAAAGGGUAUGAAUCGAAUCACAAACUAGCAGUAUUAGUACCUUACCGAAACCGAUUUGAGGAAUUGAUGGAGUUCGUGCCAUAUAUCCACGAUUUUUUGAACGGGCAGAGAAUCAACCACGAUAUUUUUAUCUUAAAUCAAGUAGAUAGUAACCGUUUUAAUAGGGCGUCGUUAAUUAAUGUAGGCUACCUUGAAACUAAGUCAAAUUAUGAUUAUAUAGCGAUGCACGACGUUGAUUUAUUACCUUUAAAUAAAAAUUUGACUUACCUGUAUCCUCAGCAACCUUUCCAUCUUGCAGCGCCGCAUUUGCACCCCCGCUAUCAUUACGAGAAAUUUAUAGGUGGAAUUUUAUUGAUUAAUAGGGAACAUUUUAAUCUAGUUAAUGGACUAUCAAAUAAGUAUUGGGGGUGGGGUUUAGAAGACGACGAAUUUUACGUAAGACUUAAAGACGCCAAUUUAAAUAUAACUCGUCCGGAAAACAUAUCAACGGGAAUGAACGACACUUUUAAACACAUCCAUGGCAAGGACAGAAAAAGAGACACUGUGAAGUGUUUCAAUCAAAGAGAGGUUACAAGACGGCGAGAUAGACAGACGGGACUCCACGACGUGAGGUACAAAAUUAUUAGUUAUAAAUCCAUGACAAUAGGGAGCGCCCCUCUGACUGUUAUAAAUAUUGAACUGUUGUGUGACAGAAAUGUUACUCCCUGGUGUAACUGUGAAGUCAGUAAGACUGAGAAGAAUUGAAUUGUCUCCUUUGUGCCAUUUUUUUGGUCACGUAAUUCCAUUAAAGUGCAAUAGAUUUCCACGUACGUCGGAAAGCGACGCAAGGCUUUAAGCAUCACUUUCUUAUAGGGAUUUCGGUCUAAAUAUAUAUUUGUUGUGUUCCUUCUAUUUAUUGUUAAUAUUUUGUACAAGACUUGAAAAAAUACAGUUUUUUUUUUAAA